AUGUCCCGCCCUCUGUCUCUCUUCAGUGUCCAGGCGAUCCUGGUCCUUGCCAUUGACGAUGGCUCCCGCAUCCUCACCAAAUACUACUCCAACCCGCACCCGCCCGCAGGCCAACAAAAUGACUACCCUGGCCAGAUUGCCUACAAGACGGUCAAGGACCAGAAAGCCUUCGAGAAGGGCCUGUUGGAGAAAACAGCCAAGCAGACUUCGGAUAUAAUACUGUACGAUGGGAAAGUCAUUGUUUUUAAGAUGGAAUCGGAUGUAAUGCUCUACGUCGUCGGAAGCGCAGACGAGAACGAAGUGUUGUUGUACAGUGUCGUCCUUGCCCUUAGAGACUCGCUCAACAUCCUCUUGAAGAAUUCGGUUGACAAGCGGACUGUCAUUGAAAAUUACGAUCUGGUGUCGCUCGCUGUCGACGAGCUCGUAGAUGAUGGAAUCAUCCUGGAGACCGACCCCGUAAUCGUUGCGUCGCGCGUUAGCAAGCCGCCGGCGCAAGACAUGACCUCGAUGAAGAACAUUGAUCUGUCGGAGCAAGGCUUCCUCAAUGCUUGGGAAUUUGGAAAGCGACAGCUGGCUGAGAGGAUACGGCAGGGCCUAUAA